CAUAAGUAUCCCUCGACUUAUUCAAAUCUCCCUCUGCUUCUCUUGUGCUCUCUUUAACUCUCCACAGAACACGCUGGGUCCAAGGAACAUUUUUUAACUGCAUCUUAAUAACGAAAGGUUGGAUUACAUAGGUAAUUGAGAGUAUCUCUGUUACGAGCGAUGUAUGCUUUACCCAAAGGUAAUACAAAAGAGAUAUUAGCAAAAACACGACGAGGCAUCUCACAAAAAUAUGAAUCAUUUGGUAAUCAAAAGGUAUCUAAGAAUAAACGUGAUUCUGAUCAUCUACCAGUUAACGAGAUAAGCUCAGCAAAGCCAAUUUUUCACAAUAGAACCAAAAAAGUAUUAGUUCAUAAAGAUGUCCAAGAGAUUACUCCACAGCAUCAAGAGAUGAUUAAAUAUGUCCAUGAAAGUUGGCUUUUUGUGAUGAAAGAUUUUGAAGUUUGUAGUAAAAGUGAUAAUGAAGCGGUAACUAAUAAUGGACCCGUUUCUCCAAAUCAAAACCAAUCAACACCAAAAGUUUCUUAUUACAAAAACAGAAGUGCCUCUGUACCAAAAUUUGAGCCUUUUGAUCUCGAAACCUUCUGGGGUCAGAGGUUAUACCAGAAUUUGACCCGAUCUACAUGAUACGGAGUAGUAAAUAGGAUCUGAAAGUCAAUUAUAAAGUGACCAGUUUUUAGCAGGAUAAAGUGUAAUACAGAAGCAUCUCGGUUGUGAAUCAAUUAUUUUAAAACGACAACUCGCCAAAGAUGCAUAAGUUAACACUAAGAAAGCAGUAAAUUGUAACCAACUAUAGCAACACUUACCAGGAUUUUGUGGAGAAGAUUUAUAAGAUGCAAUGACGAACCAAAAAGUGGAUUGAAAACUAUCUUUUCGAUCGGCCAAACUCACCUAUUUAUUUACUUUUUUCAAUCAAAUUUAUCGUUAGCACCAAUUUGGUUAUGGAUUUUGAUAUUUUGCCAUUGAACAUGUUGAUCAGUCUCUUUCUCUACCCUAGAGACUUGAUUACCUGAAAUUUAAAGCUAAACUGCAUGCUCAAUCAACGAAGGAUUAACUAGCUCAUUCCAAAGAUGCCAUUUGACUGAAAGAAAUGGAAUGAAAGACUGAAAAAUUGAUCAAGCAAAGUCUCUUCACGAUUUAUGGACUAUACUUGGUUGAUUAUACAAAUCUAGUAUCUUACCUAAUCUAUUUUUCCAAUCUAAUUCGUCUUUGUUUAGUUAAUUUCACAAUAUUAAUCCUACCUCCUCAUUGCCCUUCAAUUUACUUAAAAACUUCAAAAUUAUACACCAAUCCACUAUCCUUUGUCCCUUUUCCUGACCCAUUACUACCUUAGUGAUUCCUGAACUCGCAAUGACAUAAUUUUUGAAUUCAACUCUUGCCGGGUGCAUUCAAAAUCCUGAUUUCUCCCAACUUCUCGUCAUUUUUUCAUCUUAUUUUUUCUUCUCAUUACCCAUUAAUGACUUUAGUCUACUAAAAUAAUAAGGUAGCCUUACCUAGGUUGUGAUAUUAAUCAUUGUAAUUACUGUUUUAGUUAUUUCGUUUCACUCAUAGUUCCUUUUUAUUUAACAAAAUCUUGUUUGUGAUCACAAAUCGGUACAACUUCGCUUCUUGUUGUUUUCAUUUGAUUUACAUCGAUUUCAACAAAAGCUUAUAUCACAUAUUAUAAUAGAGAAAAAUUUCCUUAUAUCAUGGUAGUUAAAUUAUGUUUUUUUCUGUUUCCUAGAUUCUAGUUUUAUUUAAAAUCGACCAGCGAUAAAGUGAAAGAUGCAUUUAUUUUAAUGACCACCUUUUAUCCUUUUAUCAUAUUACCUCACUGGACAAACCAACUUCUAAUCAACUUAGCAAUAAUCAAUUCUCAUAAUUUUUUGGUUAAAAGCAACCUACCAAGCUCAAUCCAUAAAAAGAAUGGAAAUAAUCAAAUUGAUCAACAAAGAUUUUACUCCAGCAACAUUUUCAAUGCAUUUAAUAUGGAGAAAAUACGAAACAUGUUCAAAUUAUUGUCAUCUUCCAUUAUUAUAGUUUACAUUAAAAGUAAAUAUUAAAAAUUAAAAUCAA